AUGGGGAGGGGGUGGAAGGUGGGGUGGAGGAUUUUAGGGGCCCCUAGGAUCCCCCCAGGUCUCCCCGGUUUUGAAUGGAGCCCCAAAGACCCCCCUGGCCGUGACAGAGACCCCUCACCCGCCCCCGCCAGCAGUGACCCGCCCCCGCCGCCCCCCGGCGCUGCGCAGCCCCCCAGGCCCCCCCGCCGUGAGCCGGGGGAGGUGGCUCAGUGCCUGCGGCAGCUGGAGAGGAUCCAGGAGCUGGAGCAACAGUUGGCCCGCGAGAGGCACCGCCUGGGGCUGAUGCAGGCGCAGCUCCUCCGGAGGGCCCCCCCCAGCACGGGCCCCCUCGGGAAGGGCCAGGCUGGGCUCCCCCCGAUUUGGGGUCCUGCAGCMCCCCCCGAGGCAGAGGGGGACCCUGAGAUGAUGCUGCCCCUCCCGGCGCACCCCUGGGAGCUCGGGGGGCUCUGCCCAGAAUUGGAGUAUUAUCGGCUCAGCACUGCACGGCCCCCCUACACCUACGCCACGCUCAUCCGCUGGCAUUCCAUGUGUGUCCCACCAUAG